AUGUUGAUCCCUUUGGCUGUUCUAGCAGCCCUCCCUGCGGCUCAUGCACUUGUGGGGGAAGACGGCGUGGGCCGCCUACCAGCCCUUGGCUGGAAUUCAUGGAAUGCAUUCGGCUGCGACAUCAAUGCGUCAGCGAUCAUGACAGCAGCUAACCAGAUGGUCAACUUGGGGCUGAAAGACUUGGGCUACGAAUAUGUAAACAUCGAUGAUUGCUGGUCCAUCAAGGGCGUUCGGGACACAACCACCGGCCGCAUUAUUCCUGAUACGACCAAGUUCCCCGAUGGCAUCUCUGGGCUUGCUUCGCAGGUACAUGACCUGGGCCUGAAGAUCGGCAUCUACAGCAGUGCUGGCGAGACCACCUGCGCAGGAUAUCCUGCCUCGCUAGGUCACGAAGAAGUGGAUGCAGAAUCAUUCGCCGAGUGGGGCAUUGACUACUUGAAGUAUGACAAUUGUGGGGUUCCCAGCAACUGGACGGACAAGUACAACGCCUGCGUGCCGGAUGGUUCGAGUUCGCAAAACCCGAACGGCACUUGUCCAGACCUUGCCAACCCUGCCCCAGAAGGAUACAAUUGGACCCAAUCCAACACUUCCGUUCGCUAUCGUCGAAUGCGGGAUGCCCUUCUCAACCAGAACAGAACUAUUCUCUACUCUCUCUGCGACUGGGGCAACGCCGACGUGAACGAGUGGGGAAACGCUACUGGAAACUCAUGGCGUACCACGGGAGACAUCAGCGCCGACUGGUCUCGGAUCUCCCAGAUUGCCAAUGAGAACAGCUUCCUAAUGAACUAUGUCGACUUUUGGGGCCAUCCCGAUCCAGACAUGCUCGAGGUUGGAAACGGUGACCUCACAAGCGCCGAGAAUAGAGCUCAUUUUGCCUUGUGGGCCGUGAUGAAGUCCCCCUUGAUUAUUGGCACUGCGCUUGACGCGGUUAGCAACGACACGAUCUCUGUUCUCAAGAACAAAUAUCUUGUUGACUUUCACCAAGACCCUGUUAUUGGACGCCCAGCUUAUCCGUACAAAUGGGGAUAUAACCCUGACUGGACGUUUGACCCGGCCCACCCUGCCGAAUACUGGUCAGGGCCAUCGUCAACCAUGGGGGGAACCCUGAUCUUGAUGCUCAACUCCGGCAAUGAUACAGCUACUCGCACUGCCACGUGGAGUGAAGUUCCCGAGCUGAAGGAUGGCUCUGACUCGUAUCAAGUUAUUGAUGCUUGGUCUGGAGACGACUUGGGAUGUGUUGAGAAAGGCCACAGUGUCUCGCUGGGCAGUCACGAUGUGUCUGUUUUGGUCGUCAAGGGCGAAUGCUGA